CACUUGCCACCUCCUCUUCCACCCCUGCCAGGCCCAGCAGCCACCACAGCGCCUGCUUCCUCGGCCCUGAAAUCAUGCCCCUAGGUCUCCUGUGGCUGGGCCUAGCCCUGUUGGGGGCUCUGCAUGCCCAGGCCCAGGACUCCACCUCAGACCUGAUCCCAGCCCCACCUCUGAGCAAGGUCCCUCUGCAGCAGAACUUCCAGGACAACCAGUUCCAGGGAAAGUGGUAUGUGGUAGGCCUGGCAGGGAAUGCAAUUCUCAGAGAAGACAAAGACCCGCAAAAGAUGUAUGCCACCAUCUAUGAGCUGAAAGAAGACAAGAGCUACAAUGUCACCUCCGUCCUGUUUAGGAAAAAGAAGUGUGACUACUGGAUCAGGACUUUUGUUCCAGGUCGCCAGCCCGGCGAGUUCACGCUGGGCAACAUUAAGAGUUACCCUGGAUUAACGAGUUACCUCGUCCGAGUGGUGAGCACCAACUACAACCAGCAUGCUAUGGUGUUCUUCAAGAAAGUUUCUCAAAACAGGGAGUACUUCAAGAUCACCCUCUACGGGAGAACCAAGGAGCUGACUUCGGAACUACAGGAGAACUUCAUCCGCUUCUCCAAAUCUCUGGGCCUCCCUGAAAACCACAUCGUCUUCCCUGUCCCAAUCGACCAGUGUAUCGACGGCUGAGUGCACAGGUGCCGCCAGCUGCCGCACCAGCCCGAACACCAUUGAGGGAGCUGGGAGACCCUCCCCACAGUGCCACCCACGCAGCUGCUCCCCAGGCCACCCCGCUGAUGGAGCCCCACCUUGUCUGCUAAAUAAACAUGUGCCCUCAGGCCUCUGA